AUGGGACUCAAAGUGCGGACCUUUGCGCUCGUGUUGGACAGACCGGCGGCCGUCUAUCGCGCGUCCGAAGUGGUGAGCGGUCAGUGUGUGCUCGCGUUGGACGGAGACAUGCAUUUGAGUCAACUGACCAUCACUUUGAAGGGAGAGGCGGAGUGCGAGUGGACGGAGCAGAAGACUGUCGCUGCGCACCAAAGCCACGGAAACCACGGAUCCGAUCACAACCAUCACCAUCACGACCACAACCAGACGCGCACCGAAACGGUUCGCCAUCACGCGAAGCACACUCACAACCAUCACCAUCACGACCACAACCAGACGCGCACCGAAACGGUUCGCCAUCACGCGAAGCACACGUGCGUCGACCUCGUCUACUGUCCCGGAAACGUGUAUCCGUCGACGCUUUCCGGCGGUCAGCACAACAUUGGCUUCAAUUUCCAACUUCCGCUCGGAGCCCUUCCCUCGUCCUUCGAGUCGACUUACGGUCACAUUCGGUAUUGGAUUGAAGCGCAUAUCCGGAAGACGGCGUUCUUCGCGUUCGACGAAAGAACUCGACUUCCGCUCCAAAUCCGAGCGCCGGCGCUCGCGUCGCCCCAGGAGUUGGCCAUGCCGGCCGUGAAUAGCGCGCAGAAAACGGUCGGUUUGUUCGGCGGACAGCCGUUGAGUCUGAGGGCAGAGAUCGCGCGCACGGGACACGCCGUCGGCUCCACCCUUCAGAUCACGUGCUUUGUGGACAACCGGUCGAAGAAAGCGAUGCAAUUGAUGGCAACUCUGCGCCAAGAAGUGGACUUUUUCGCGAACGGAUCGAAACGGAGAAGCGAUGAGAAGAUCGCGAAAUCAAUGGGUCCGACGGUCGGCGCGCACACUGUGGCCACGGAAGUGAUUCUUCUGCCGAUCCCUUUGACGGCUGCCGUCGUUUACAAUUCGUGUCCAAUAAUCCGCGCGAAACACGUUUUGGACGUCUUUUUGUCGAUUUCCGGUUCCUUUGAUUUACACGUGAUUUUAGGCAUCAUUUUAACGAACGAUUGAAUCGUUUUUACAAUUAAUUAAUGUUUUGUUUAUUGAAUGAAAAAAACCCCAAAAAGAGAGUAAAAGAGAGAAAAAGAGACGAAAAGAGACUUUUAUUUAUGCGUUGAUUAUCCCGUGACGCCUCCCAAGACGUUGCCGAGCAGUCCUCCGGGACCCAGGAGUCCGAGAGCGCCGAUGUUUUGCAGCAGAAUGAGGACGAGGCCCAGGAUGUAGCAGAGCUCGAUUGUGAGCGGAAUAACGGCGCCCUCGACGGUGUUGUCGCCGAAGAGCACGAUAUAGAGGAUCGGAAUCACGAGUUUCGAGAGAACUUCGUUCAGAAUUGCGCCCACAAUGGCGCCCAAAGUGGUGUACGUGGCGAACGCCGUUGUUAUCAUUUGCUGGCAUUGUCCCGAUUGCGGCGCCGGAGUCACCGGGGCGGGGGUUUGCGUC